AUGCGUCAAUCAUCGCAAGAGAGCCAGAGUAUGGCGGAGGAUUACUACACCUCCUCAUCCGCCUCUCACUCCCCCCCACGCUUUGAAUCCAGCGAACCCGCGAUUGUCGAGCAGCCAAACGGCGCGACUCGCGUCCAAAACGCCAAAAAGCAGCCACCGGCCAAAGCCUCCAGCUCUGCCGCCGCCGCAUCUGGGAACCACAUUGGAAAGUGGAAGUUUCGCAAGAUCAUCAACCACCGCUGGAGCGGCAAUGAUAUUGAGCUCCAGAUCCACUGGGACGACCCCGAUGAGACCACUUGGGAGCCAGAGAAGGCCAUCCACCGGGACGCCAAAUCGACUCUGGUCAGCUACUGGAGCCGCCAGCCAGGAGGCCGACCCUUGAACCCACAUGACCCGGAAUCAUUCACCAUCUUUGCCUUCAAGGGAGUCAGAGGCGGCCCAAAGAAACAGCGCCAGAUCCUCGUGGAGUGGGUUGGCUGGGCGAAGCCCACGUGGGAACCUGAGGCUGUCAUCAAGCAGACAGCGCCAAAGCUUCUCAAAGAGUAUCUCCAGAAGAGAUCUGGAAAGCAGUGA